CAGGUGUGGAUGAGCCGUUUCCGCCGGACAGUUGCCAGAGUGGAGAGCCGUAGCAAGACGUCAUUAGUAGACGAUUGCGGUCCGUGUUUGGAUUUCUAUUUUGGAAAGGCCUUUGAUUAUUUGGUAAACAGCAACCGGACAGUGAGGUAAACAGCGAAUGGAUGAGAUUUAAUGCCACGAUGAGCAUUUCUUGGGUCGCGGCGCAGUUUCUGACAGUCAGCUGCCUCCUGGCCAUGACUCAGGGCCUUCACGAGGAGGCGCGUCACCCGUGCGCCUUCAUCGAUACGAUCAACAUCACUGGCAGCUACAACAUGGGCAGCGCCCUCAACAACUCCUACGUCCACAACUGGACCUUGAUACCCCGGGAACUAGUCACCGCCUACGACUUUAUUAUCGAGAACGGAAUUCGUGUGCCAGCCAAGCGCCACCUGCGCGCCUGCAUCUGUAAGUUGCGGCCCUGCGUGCGCUUCUGCUGCUCGGCCGGACAGUUCUACGAUUUGCAGGAACGCAGCUGCUUGGCUGCCCGCGAGGGACAGCCUCAGCCACCAGGCCAGAGCCACAUGGAUAUCGAGCUGCACAACGGCACACAGUCGAAUAUAGAGCUGCGUUCGCUGUUCAGCGUGUAUGAGGAGACGCCCUGCGAUCACAUGAAGGCCUAUACCAAGGACACCACAUACCUCAACUGGACACUACAUGAGAACGGUUCGAUCAUCCAUCGGGAUCAUCUGUUUAGCAAGCAUUAUUGCUUUACCCCGCUGCCAAUUGGCGGCGGCAGCUGGAGCUGGCAGCCCUUGGCCUGUGCCCCAGAGAAACUUCACUUUGUGCUGGGCGUCAGAGAGUGGACCUAUGCCAUAUGCCUGCUGAUCUGCAUUAUAUCGAUGUUCAUAGUGCUGAUCGUGCAUCUGCUAUGCUCGGAUAUGCGCAACAGUUUCUAUGGCGUAGCAAUAAAAUCGUACACGACGUGUGUUAUCUUUGGCUAUGCGCUGCUGGCUCACCUGACACUCCACGAUCCCGCAAAUCUGUCAACGCUCGCCUGUCGCAUCAUACCCAGCUUUGCGCUGCUCUUCCUCGUGCUGUCCUUCUACAUACUGAGCUUUAUAGCUUUCAAGCUCUAUGUGAGCUUCAAUGGGGUUGUCUUUACCAAGCCCAUGUUCUGGCUGAUCUUUGGGCCGAUCGUGUGCAUAGCUGUGGCCUGGUCUGUUUUUGUGGGCUUCAGCUACCACGGCUCGAGGCUGGUCUUUGGAGGCGACACCUGUUGGUUCGAUCCGCGCAACUUGAGCAUUAUGAUUUACUUCUUUGCGCCUGUUUUUGUUGCCUGCGCCAUCAGCUGCUUCUUCUACGUGCUCACUCUUAUACGCAUUAGCGAUGAGCCGGUGAUCGAUGCGGAAAAGAGCUUUGAGUCCUUGGAGAAGAAUCGCCUGAAGUCGUUCUGGAAGUUCUUCACCUAUACAGCGCUCACCUGGUUCGUCUGCGUUUGCUCUUUCGCUUUUAACUACUACCGCGACGAGCUUUCACACUUGAAUUACGCUGUUUGCCUCUGCACAGCAUUUCAUGGAUUUGCGGCUCUCUAUGCUCUGAUUGGCAAAAAUCAACAGAUACAGUACUUCCUGCGACGCAUCGAGGAGAAUAACGACGAGGACACCUGUGAGAACUCUGUGCCUAUGUACAUAUAUUGAAUAGAACAUUGUCUUCGCAGUUUGGCUACCACUGUGGCACAGUUACGGAUGUACUGUACGAAGUAGUCGUGACACAAGCUGUUGAACUUGCAGUGCUUAGCCAAGACACGCACCCAACAAACAGCUUUAAUUUCGUUUUCAUUUUGUUAG